AUGGAGUUAUAUCCAGCCGAUUGCGAUUUUGCGAAGAAGAAGACAGGAUUGGAGAAGGUGGAACACGAGUGCACGGUGGCGCCGUCGCGGGAUGCAGAGGCGAUGCCGAACGCGAUGAAUACGUUUUUCGUGAGAAAAGGGAGACCACCAAGGAACGACGUCAGUGGUAGAAGUUGUAGAAGUUGUGACGAAACGUUUGUGAGAUUUGGGGACCGGAUCAUUUUGAGCGCGAAUCCGAUGCUCUUCGAUAAAGAAGAAGAGGAAACGCCGGCGCGUUAUUCGAUUAAAGAUUUAGUCUGUUCGACGGUUUCAAAGGAGUUCAACGAGUAUCUCUACGGAGGUCGAAAGAAUGCAACGAGAAAAACGUUCACCGUUUUUCGCGAAUCAAAUUUAGCGAGAGAGAAUGAGUUCGAAAUCGUUUCGUGGCAAAGCGUUGGCAACAACAACAAUACGAGCAGCGCUUCUUCCACGAUAGGAGGAGAAGACGCGCAUCCACCGGUGAAUACCAACGAUGUCUUUAUGCUCAAGCAUUGUGGUCGUGGCGGCUAUUUGCGGUGUCGCGAUCACGAAAACUGGUCGACGCCGGAUUUUGGGGUCGUAAAACCAGUCGUCAGCGAUGAAAACGACGCGUUGUUGAGUAAGCGACGCUUUGACGCUUCGUAUUUGUGGAGAUUCCGAGCGAUUUUUUCAUAA